CGCAGAUAAGCACGGGCUGUGUAGAGGGGCACUUUCUUUCCAGCUCACUACGACUUAGUAUCUAUACUCUAAGGACAAGGGUUGACUAUAGUCGGUGUAAAGAUAAUGGCUCUUCAUCCCAAAUUUUCGGGUCAGAAGUUGUUGACAGCCAACUUACAGCAACCAUGGCAUACCCUCGAACUAUACCUUGAUUAUGUCUGCCCUUACUCCGCAAAGCUAUUCAGCACAUUCUACACAUCGGUGAGACCAAUUAUCUUACAAAAUUAUCAAUCAAGACUUCAGGUUGUCUUUCGUCAGCACGUUCAACCUUGGCAUCCAUCAUCCACUCUGACGCAUGAAGCUGGUGCGGCGGUGUUGAAAAUAGCUCCAGACAAGUUCUGGGAAUUUAGCGCUGCACUGUUCAGUCACCAAGAAGAAUUCUUUGAUGUCAGUGUUGUUAACGAGACACGCAACAAGACAUAUCAGAGACUUGCGAAGAUAGCCGCGACAGUUGGUGUGGAUGAACACGAGAUGCUCGAAUUAUUGAACAUCAGCGAAGUUAUUGCUGAUGGACAGUUGAAUACCGGCAACAAGGUGACGAAUGAUAUCAAAUUGAUGGUCAAGUCAGGUCGAACAAUCGGCGUCCAUGUAUCUCCGACCGUAUAUUUCAAUGGCGUCGAGGAACCAGGUAUCAGCAGCAGCUUCACGGCCACACAAUGGGAGCAAUGGCUGGCCAUGAAUGUAGCGUAGGAAUUGUGCUCUAAAAGAGAGUGGUAUGAUAACAGGAGGUAUUCAAGUUCAGAUGAUAAUUGUGGGCAUUCUUUGGUAGCAAGGAGCAUAUCUCAACAGGAUGAGAUUUCUGAAUGCAAUCUAAUCAUAUGG